AUGGCUGUACCUAAAGACGCCAUCCCUUCCUUGUCGGAAUGCCAGUGCCUGAUCUGCAUGGAAAUCCUAAUUGAGCCGGUAACCCUCCCUUGUAACCACACGCUCUGUAAUCCGUGCUUUCAAUCGACUGUUGAAAAGGCAAAUUUAUGUUGUCCCUUCUGUCGCCGCCGGGUCUCUUCGUGGACUCGGUACCACACCCGAAGAAAUUCUCUUGUCAAUAUGGAACUGUGGAACAUAAUUCAGAAAUACUACCCCAAAGAAUGCAAGCUUAGAGCCUGUGGACAAGAAUCAGAAGAAAUCGUUGUUGACUAUCAACCAGUUCGUGUAUUAAGUAUACCUGGGGAAUUAAGAAGAGAAUAUGAAGAGGAGAUAAAUAAGGUGGAGGCUGAGCGACGAGCCAAUGAAGAAGAAGAAAACAAAGCCAGUGAAGAGUACAUACAGCGACUAUUGGCAGAGGAGGAAGAAGAGGAAAAAAGACAAACAGAAAAAAGGCAAAGAGAAAUGGAAGAACAACUGAAAAGUGAUGAAGAACUGGCAAGAAAACUAAGCAUUAAUAUUAACAAUGUAGGUGAGAAAAGUAUCUUGGCUUCUCCCUUGAAUUCCAGAAAGUCUAAUUCAGUUGCAAUGAAAUCAAACAAGAAAAGUAAGAAUCUUCAAAGAAACACUGGAGAUAUUCAGAAGUAUUUUUCACCUAAGUCUCAUUUUGGGUCAGUAUCACAAUCUGAAGUUGUACAAGAAGAGCGGGAAAACUCCAUGUCUAAGGAACUCGGCACUAGAGAUUUGACAAGCCCAAUGUGGCAAGACACAGAAACGGAAGAAGAUAUGCCAACACUUUCCCCGCAAAUAUGCCUUGAAUUUGAAGAAGAGGGCACAAAGCCUUCAGUAGAGGCACCUAUGCCUCAGUUACGUGCCUAUGGUUCAGAAUGGUGCCUUGAAGGAGAAGUCAAAACAAGACCAAACAAUCUUGAUAAAGAGUUAUCUGUCAUGAAUCAUGAGGAAUCUCAGGCCAGAAUUUCCUACUCUAAAGAAGCAGCCGUUACACCUAAUGGCAAAACAGAGAGUGGGCUCAGUAUAUCUGGUAUGACACAGAACAUUGGAAAUGGCACAGGGGAGACAAAAAAUGAAGAGACUAGCCUACUGAUGAGUAGUAAUGAUAUUUCCAGAAGAAAAAACCAGGACUCUUCCUCUGAAGCAGGAAAGGACCCAUGCUUUUCUACAAAGAGAAGGAAAAUAUGCCCCAAAGCUUCUUCAGAUGAAGACGAAACAGAAAUCAACUUUACCCAGAAACUGAUAGAGUUAGAGCAUCUACUCUUUGAGAGACAUAAGCAAGAAGAACAGGACAGGUUACUAGCAUUACAACUUCAGAAAGAGGUGGAUAAAGAACAAAUGGCACUAAACCGGCAAAAAGGAUCUCCAGAUGAGUAUCAGUUACGUGCUACAUCCUUUUCUCCAGACAAGCUGCUAAAGGGACCAAAUAAGAAUUCCAAAGAUAGGAGCUCCAAAAGACAAACUGAUAUAGAACAUUCAAAAUCUUGGAGAGGCUCAAGAGAUGAAAAUUGGCAACCUUCUUUUAAGAUCCAGUUGAACCAUUCUGUUACUGUUAAUGGAAGAAGGAUGCCAAAUUCUAGUAGAGAUAAUUGUAAUGGAUCCAAAAGGGCCCAUUCCUUACAGUCUAGUAAUUCACAGAAAAGUAUUUUUCAGAUGUUUCAGAGAUACAGAAAGUAA